AUGUCAUCAAAUCCAGCAAUUGAUCUUACUUCAACUGAAACCACAGCUUCAAUAAAUCAUAAUGAAGCAUCUAAUGAAAUUUCUGAUCCACCACCAGUACCAUCAAAUAAACCAUCAUCAAGUUCAGAUACGGAUUCCGAUGAUUCGCAUUGGGUUAGUGAUGAUGAUGAUGAAUUACCAAAUGAUUUAACAUUUGAAUGGCUUGAUGAACAAAUGCGUAGUGGUGUAGAUCUACGUCCGUUACUUUCUCGGAUUAUACCUGGUCUACCGGAUGAUAUUUCUCCAUCAACAUUGUAUGAAAUUCUUAUGAAUCUCUUUUUACCAAUUCGUCAACGAAAAGCACUUGAACAAUAUCAAACACUUGAUGAUGCUGUUGAAUUAAUACGUACACGAAAAAAUAUUCUUAUUUUAACUGGAGCUGGUAUAUCAGUUAGUUGUGGAAUACCUGAUUUUCGUUCACGUAAUGGUAUAUAUGCACGUUUACAUGAAGAAUUUCCUGAAUUACCAAAUCCACAAUCGAUGUUUGAUAUAGAAUAUUUUACUCAAGAUCCACGACCAUUUUUUCGUUUUGCGAAAGAAAUAUGGCCUGGACAAUAUCAACCAUCAUUAGCUCAUUAUUUUAUUAGUGAAUUAGAACGACAAGAUAAAUUACUACGUAAUUAUACACAAAAUAUUGAUUCAUUAGAACAUUUAUGUCCAAUAACACGUCUUAUUCAAUGUCAUGGAUCAUUUUCAAGUGCAACAUGUCGUAUUUGUCAUUAUACAGUUAAAAGUGAUGAAAUAAAACAUGAAAUUUUACAACAAAAAAUUCCACAUUGUCCGAAAUGUCCGGAAGAUAUACAAGAUGCUAUACUUAAACCAGAUAUUGUAUUUUUUGGUGAACAAUUACCAGAUGAUUUUCAUAAAGCAAUUUCAAUAGAUAAAACGAAAUGUGACUUAUUAAUUGUUAUGGGUUCAAGUUUAAAAGUUAAACCAGUUUCACUUGUAUCAGAAUUAUUAUCAAAUGAUAUACCACAAAUAUUAAUUAAUCGUGAACGUUUACCACAUAAAACAUUUGAUAUUGAAUUAUUAGGAAAUUGUGAUGUUAUUAUUAAUGAAAUAUGUUUACGUUUAGCUAAAAUUGAUCCAGCAUUUUCACAAAUGAAAAUUCCAAAUGAAAAUUUGUUAACUGAAAUAUCUUCUGAAAAUCUAAUUGAACCAGAAGAACCACAAAGAAAAAAACAGAAAAUUUCAUCAGAUAAUGAUAAACAAGAAUCAUCACUUUCUCCAACAUCAUUAGAAUCUAAAGUACCAAUUGAAUCGUCAAAUCCACAAAAACAAACAUUAUUAUCACUUAAAAAUUCUUCACUAUUCAAUCAGAAUUCAUCUUAUAUAUCAUAUCCACCAAGACAAUAUAUAUUUCCAGGAGCUGAAAUAGAUUUGUCAUCCGAUGAGGAUGAGGAUGAUGAUGAAGAUGAUGGUGAUGAUAAUGAAUCUACCGAUGAAGAAGAAUUAUCAAGAAAACAACCCGAAUGA